ACAUUUCGUGACGUUUUGCACCCCAAAAAAAAUCCUUCUCGUAAAGUCUGCCUGCAGAUAGCGAAAUGGUAGGAUAUGAAAAUUGAUUUAUUUAUUUCCAAAAUUAUAAAUUAGUAACGCUAUGAUGCCAAAGACAUUAUCUCAAAGUGAAGUGUGGAGCCUGAUUUUGCGAUUAUCGAUUGCGUCUGUUGUCACAUACUAUACGAUGAAAUGGAUGUUGGAUCGACUAGAUCCCACUUACAAAAGCAAGAAAAAGGCCAGAGAUAAGGCCGAAAAGCAAAUCAAAAGAUUAGGUGGAGCUGAAGGUUUGGAACUGUCUCCAGGAGCGCUUAACGACUAUGAGAUGGUCAUUGCAUCGCAUUUAGUUGUGCCGGACGACAUAACUGUGAGCUGGUCAGAUAUCGCUGGAUUGGAUUCAGUUAUUGAAGAAUUGCGCGGAAGUGUUGUACUUCCCAUCCAACAUCGACAUUUAUUUGCAAACUCACAACUUUGGGAGGCUCCAAAAGGUGUCUUACUACACGGCCCACCUGGAUGCGGUAAAACACUUAUCGCUAAGGCUACAGCAAAAGAAGCUGGAAUGCGCUUUAUCAAUUUGGAUGUAUCCGUUUUAACUGACAAGUGGUACGGAGAAUCUCAAAAGCUUGCAUCGGCUGUUUUUACUCUUGCCUCGAAAUUGCAACCGUGCAUUGUGUUCAUCGACGAGAUUGAAUCGUUCUUACGAUCGCGGACUUCUCAAGAUCACGAAGCUACGGCCAUGAUGAAAACUCAAUUUAUGAUGCUCUGGGAUGGACUAAGCACAAAGGCUGGAUCUACCGUUAUUGUUAUGGGUGCUACAAAUCGACCACAAGAUCUCGAUAAAGCUAUAAUGCGCCGUAUGCCGGCCCAGUUUCACGUUGGACUACCAAACGAAGACCAACGCUUGAAAAUCCUUCGCAUCGUACUUAUGCACGAAACGGUGUCCAAUGACGUUGACCUGAAUCGAAUUGCAAAAUUGACAAACGGUUUUUCUGGUUCAGAUAUUCGCGAAAUGUGCCGGAACGCAUAUACAGUCUAUCGCAUUCGUGAUUAUAUGAAAAACCGAACCGGUCCACAUCGGAUGCGUCCGAUGCGAUCGACAUUCCUCCGCUCAUUUGCAUGGACGAUCUCCUCAGUUCGUUUAGCAAAAUGAAGGAGUCAAGAAUGUAUUCCGGUUUGUUAGCGUCGGAUAAUUCGGUGGAUUAGUUAGUGAAUUGAUUACUAUUCUCGUAGCAAUGAUGCUUGAAGUGAACAUAAAAUAGACACGAAAAACGCUUUAUUGGAAUAAAUGAGAUAAUGUAUGUAGCUGAUACAAAAAA